CCGCUAGCCAGUAGUAGCCAGGGGGAGAGGGGGGAAAGCUUCGGAGAAACAUGGCAGGUGUCCUGGAUAAGUUUCGGAAGGUCACGAAAACGACGAGAACCCCGAAGGUCCCGUUUACGUUGGCUCCUCGCGACUACGGCGCGUUGGCUGCGCUGUAUCAUUUGACCCAAGGGGAUGGAUGGAUACAUCGAGACGGCUGGUGCACCCCCGUUGACCUCCAGGAAUGGUUUGGGGUCGACGUCAAUGAACAAGGUCGCGUGGUGAAGCUAGAUCUCCGCGGAAACAACCUUCAAGGUACUAUCCCGACAGUGCUAGGCACGCUCGAUGCUUUGGAACAUCUCGACCUCUCGCAUAACCAACUGUCUGGGUCUAUCCCGUGCACCUUGGCCAACCUAGGAGAACUUCAAGUUCUCAUUCUAGAGGCGAACCAGCUCAGCGGGGUUGUGUCCCCGGAGCUAGGCGAUAUACGCGCUCUAAGAUACCUCGAACUCGGCGGGAACUAUCUGAGCGGAGGAGGGCCGAAGUUGGGCGAGAGCAUUUCUUCGUGGAGGUUAAGACUAAGGAAGCAGCAGCAGGUCGUCACUCCUACCCCCCAACCAGAGGUUCCCCCGCCGAUGGCUUCACCCGACCGUGACGCACUGGUUGCUCUUUUUCAUGCCACGGGCGGGGAUAACUGGACGCGCAAGAGCAACUGGUGCACGGCUGCUAGGCUGGGGACAUGGGAGGGAGUCCAAGUCAACCAACAGGGCCGCGUUGUAGAGCUAGAUCUGUCGGACAACAACCUCCGAGGUGCUAUCCCUGGUGAGCUUGGGAAGCUUGGGGCCCUUCGAAACCUCUCGCUGGCUUGGAAUAAACUUAGCGGUCCCAUCCCUCCUGACCUGGGAAACCUUACCUCCCUGGAAAUGCUGUCAUUUUGGAAAAACGAGCUAAGCGGAGCAAUACCAAAGGAGCUUAAGCGUCUUACAGCGCUCAAUGUUCUGUUCCUCAACGACAACCGUCUGACAGGAUGCAUCCCUGAGGAUCUAGCGGCCCUGACCAAGCUGGAACAACUUGUUCUGUACAGCAACCGGCUUUCCGGAUCGGUUCCCCAAGCGGUGAAAGGUCUCAGCCAGCUGGAGCUGCUUCGGGUCUCCAACAACCUGCUUGCGGAAGAAUCGGCGGAGACAGAGAGUCUAGACCGGUCCGAAGCCAAGCGUGACGGGCCACGCGUGGAGUCUCCGGUGUCAGAAGUCACAUUGGUUACGUGUGCGGCUUCGACCGAUCGCGACGCGCUGGUUGCGCUGUUCAUUUCCACGAAUGGGGCUAACUGGACAUGCAACGACAACUGGGACACAGAUGCUGAGCUAGGGACAUGGCAUGGGGUCGAUGUCAACGAAAGGGGCCGCGUUGUCAAGCUGCAAUUGGGUUUACACAACCUUCGAGGACCCAUCCCGGAAGCACUGGUGGCCCUCGACGAGCUCGAGGUACUGCAACUCGACUGCAACAUGCUUACGGGCUUCAUCCCCAAGGCGGUGGGGGUCCUCACCAAGCUGGAGAAGCUUAUGCUGAAUAACAAUCAGCUGAGUGGUGCUAUUCCCCCCGAGCUUGGGCAGCUUGGGGCGCUGGAGUACCUCAUGUUGAUGGGUAACAACCUGAGUGGACCCAUCCCGGAGGCGCUGGGAGAUCUCAGCGAGCUGAAAAUGCUUGGGCUCAACAAUAACCGGCUCAAAGGACCCACCCCCAAGACGCUGGGAAAGCUCAGCAAGCUGGAGGAGCUUGGGCUUAGUAACAAUAUGCUUGACGGAUGCAUCCCCGAGGAGCUAGCAGCCUUGACCAAUCUGCGAUGGCUCCAGCUUCAGAACAAUAAGCUCACAGGAUCCAUCCCGGAGGCUCUGAGAUUUCUAAGCAAGCUCAAAGAGCUUAGACUCAGCAACAAUAAGCUUUCAGGAACCGUGCCGGAGGGGCUCGGGGGCCUAACAGGUCUGAGAGGGCUACUGCUCAACGACAACAACCUGGAAGGAGUCAUCCCUGAGGCGCUGGGAGCUCUGAGCGAGUUGAAGAGGCUUGACCUCAGCAACAACAGCAGUAUCACGGGCGGGUCUGAACAUGGGAAUCUUGACUCAUGGAGGGCAAGAAUACAGCCGCAGCAGCAGCGGGAGGCUGAGCACGACGAGCCAAAAGAGGAAGCCGAUGUUGCGCAGCACAGCCCCCGAUCACAAGACGAGGAGGAGACGGUGGAAACAGAUAUCGUCCACCCUGGACCCUCUUCCCCAGCGGAGGAGGAGAGAGACCCGGGUGACUCGUUUAGGGAGCAAGUCGCCUCCUUUGCGGGCUUGGCUGCGCUUACUAAAGGGGAUCGCGAGGCUCUGGACGAGAUUAAACAGCUCAUCAGAGUACCACCCAUCAGGGCACCAUACGCUGAUGGCGUUUCUCCGGCCCCAGAACCUAUCGACGAAGCAAACCUCCGGGAUCUCAACAGGCUGGCGGAAAUGGCCACGACUCUGGGCGAGAUUGCUUCCAGCCACAUGGAGGAUCAGUGGAUGCAAGGGCGGGAGCAGGGUUUGUCGCAGGCGCGCAAGGCGUACUUCAACGCCGUCCGGGAUGGCGUAUGCAACGCGUUCCUUGCUUCCAGCGUCGUCGGCAGCAACUUGGUUGCCACGAGCAAGACCGGUGGGAUAGGCACGGCAGGAAAGGCCUUGGCACUGCUGUCUGCUGCGGUUCCUAUGGUUGGAGGGCUGGGAGGCAUCGCAGCGGGGGCUUUGAAGACGGGAGACCGCUAUAUCCAAACUCGGCGAGUAGCGAAGAUCGCCGACAUCGCAAGGGACGCGGUUGAGUGCUGUUCGCUGGCGAGGAGAUUAGCGUUGCGACUCGCCGAAGGCCUUGCGAUCGGCGCCUCCAUAGCCGACACGGUGGUGGGCACGAUCGGCGGGGCUGGAGGGGGCGGAUGGAGGCAGGGCGAGUAUGCCUUGCCAGACGGCGCGGGGGAAAAAGACGUCAUGGAAUGGUUUGCCGACGAGGUGUCAAACUUCGAGCCGCAACACCGCCACGCGACGAGGAUGACUCCUGAAGAACAGGCUGGGAGCCGGCUGGGGAAGAAGCACCUCCAAACGCUGCUUCUGGCGGUGGGGACUGGUUGCCUCGAGGGCGCGAACAACAUCGAAGAAAAGGUUGAGCUUUUAGUCCGGACCGUCUUCCCUGAGGACGAGGGAAACGCCGUUUCGACGCCUCGAGCCCCGAACGUUCUCUUGGAGCAAGUUCCGAGCCCCAUCGACAGCGUGUUGAAGCCGACGGAUUCGCCAGCAAGUCCCCUCGUCGGUCGCGACAGUCCAGAAAUUGACGCCAGCACCAUUGCAGCGUUGAUGGAGGAAAUGCGAUCCUUGUGGGUCUCUCUGAAAGAUUGGAAUGCGAAGCACUCCGACCUGGAAAACGAGGUGAGCAAAAUAAUGGAGAAGGUGAAGAGCCUGCCGGACUCUGAUGGAGUGUUGUCCAUCGGUGAAGGGCAAGCUCUCAAACAGAGGGUGUAUGACAAGACACCGGAAAAGUUCCUCGAGGCGUCUGAACACGAAGCGGUGGCCCUGGACCAGCCCGUACUUGCGCACGUGUGGAGAGAGUCCAUGGUCCGCCAGGCCGAAAUCAAUCGCGGGCAUGAUGACAGGAUCGACCGUCUUGAAGGGAAAGUUGCCAGGAAACAAGACCAAAAACGUGGGAUUGCAUUGUCCUUCCGGCGUGGGAAAGGUUGACUGUCAAGACAUGGCCACCACCAUCCUGCGAAUGCAGAUUGAUUAUUGGCAAUCUGGGCUACGAUUUCGCGCACUAGGGAUCGAAAUAUACCCGCCUGAGGAUUUGUCUUAGUCUUCAAGGAGGCUAACCUAGCUGCAGCCUUGCCGGUUUGAGCACAUGCGCUAGUGUCAUGUCGCCGAGUUGGGUCUGUUCUGCGCCGUUUAGACAGCUGUAGACGCAUGCCGAGGACCAUGUUCGAGGAACCAACUUAAUAUUUUGCCAUCCAGUGUCAAUCGUCCCUCACGAGCGAGCAAAGAUUUCGCGUUGCUUGAGUGGUGCGGCGGCAUGCUUCUCUUGAAAAGACCUGGGGCACGGGUGCCUUCGCUCCGUAUCUGCGAGGAGUGUCUACUUGGCAGUUGGUGAGGGAAGUGGGUUGCAGCAACUACCGCGGUCGGCGUUGGCAACUUCGCACUUUUAGUUUUUGAGUAUUUGUUCGUCAAUGGAUGCUGCUGUAAUCGUAAGUAGUCUAGACUAGACGUGAUUGCACCACCCAGUCGGCGCCGACCGGUAAUCCAAAUAUGUGGGAGGUCAAGGCCCCUGACCCGCGCAUCGCCGUCAAAAAGGGCCUGAAAACACCUAGGGCCAUGACCUCGGUAGCGCCUGAUGAGGGGGGGGAUUGGCCCCUCGGAUAUCACUGCAGACAGGGAGACGGUUUCGUCGAAUCUAAGCAUGCAUAGUAUAAAACGGAGUGAGGAGCUGCUUUUUUUCACCUACUUGCAGAGGGUGAGUUUGCCUGCUGCUGUCGUAGAUCACCCUCCGACGGGGGACAGACGCGUUCGUUCAACCCUUGAGCAUGCAAGCAUGUAGACUAAUACUUUUCGUCAGAUGGGCUUUACCCAGUCGGUCGAACCAGCAGUGUUUUGUCUCCCGCGCUACAAGAGUUGCGGACGUAACUUCUACUCUUCUUGUCCUCGUGGUUCGUUUCGUCCGACUGGAUUUUCUUUGCUGGCCUGUGGCGACCGCCAAAGACAAUCGACGUUUGUUGGUGAUAUUGAUCAUUUUCGAAGGAAGGUUAAGAUUUCGUGAAGUUUCAGGCACUCUUUUGUCCUCCAACCCGCGGGCACCAUGCCGACGCCUCCUAGCCGCGGACGAGUGUACAGCAGUAUCCUCCAUCAACCGUACGUACUAUGUCAACAAUGUCGGUAUGUGUACGGGUCUGAGUGUAAGUCUCAUCUUCAUAGACUGAAUAGUAAUGACCGCAUCGAAUAUAGGGUUAGAUAAGAUACACAGGCAGCAAUGCCUGAAUACCAGCGCAU